AUGGACGAGACCAAUCGCACCGUCAACGACUUGGACGCUGCCAAAAAGAAGUUGGGAGUUGAAAACGGCGACUUGCUUCGUCAACUCGAAGAUGCCGAGUCUCAGAUCGGCCAGCUGAACAAACUCAAGAUCUCACUUGCAACUCAGUUGGAGGAUACCAAGCGAAUGGCCGACGAAGAAGCCAGGGUAAGUUCACUAAAGAAUCAUAACUCAAGAUUCAAUAACGAAUGCAACGAUUUUUUGAUUCAGGAGCGAGCUACUCUUCUUGGCAAAUUCAGAAAUGUUGAGCACGACUUGGACACAAUGCGGGAACAAAUCGAAGAAGAAGCUGAAGCAAAGGCUGACUUCCAGAGACAGUUGAGCAAAGCAAAUGCUGAGGCUCAACUGUGGCGUGCAAAAUAUGAAAGCGAAGGUGUUGCACGAGCAGAGGAACUUGAAGAGGCCAAGCGAAAGUUGCAAGCCCGCUUAUCUGAAGCCGAAGAGACCAUUGAGCAACUGAAUGCCAAAUGCGUUGUUCUCGAGAAACUCAAGCAAAAACUCAGCACGGAAAUCGAAGAUAUGCAGAUCCAGGUCGAACAUGCCCAGUCUCUAUCCAACUCCAUGGAGAAGAAGCAGAGGAACUUUGACAAGAUCAUUGGGGAAUGGAAACUCAAAGUGGAUGACUUGUCUGCUGAACUCGAUGCCUCGCAGAAGGAAUGCAGGAAUUAUUCCACCGAGCUUUUCCGUCUGAAGGCCAUCUACGAAGAAGGACAAGAGCACCUCGAGGCUGUGAAGCGCGAGAACAAGAACCUUGGAGAUGAAAUCAAGGACCUGUUGGACCAGAUGAGCGACAGCGGCAGGAAUGUGCACGAAAUUGACAAAGCUCGCAAGCGACUUGAAAUUGAGAAAGAAGAACUUCAAGCUGCUCUUGAAGAAGCAGAAGCAGCUCUGGAACAAGAAGAAAACAAGGUGCUCCGAGCUCAACUCGAAUUGUCUCAAGUCCGACAGGAAAUUGACCGUCGCAUUCAGGAGAAGGAAGAAGAGUUCGAAAACACCCGCAAGAACCAUCAACGAGCUCUUGACUCAAUGCAAGCCAGUCUUGAAGCUGAAGCCAAGGGCAAGGCUGAAGCGCUCCGCAUGAAGAAGAAGCUCGAACAAGACAUCAACGAGCUGGAGAUUGCAGUUGACCACGCAAACAAGGCCAACGCCGAGGCUCAGAAGAACAUCAAGAGAUACCAACAGCAGCUGAAGGAAAUGCAAGCAACCAUGGAAGAAGAACAACGGUCCCGCGAUGACCUCAGAGAGCAAUAUGGCAUUGCUGAACGACGAGCAAAUGCUCUUCACGGCGAACUGGAAGAGUCUCGCACUCUCCUUGAACAAGCCGACCGAGGCCGAAGACAAGCAGAAACCGAACUUGCUGACUGCCACGAACAUCUCAAUGAACUCACUGCUCAGCACGGAUCCAUCUCAAUGGCCAAGAGGAAGCUGGAAGGCGAACUCCAAGCCCUGCACUCAGACUUGGACGAAAUGCUCAACGAGGCCAAGAACAGCGAAGAGAAGGCCAAGAAAGCCAUGGUUGAUGCUGCUCGUCUCGCUGACGAACUGCGCGCAGAACAAGAACACGCAUCACAACAAGAGAAGUUCCGCAAGGGACUCGAACAGACCUGCAAAGAACUGCAACUCCGCGUUGAAGAAGCCGAAGCCGCAGCACAAAAGGGCGGUCGUAAACAAAUCACCAAGCUCGAGGAACGCGUCCGCGGACUUGAAUCAGAACUCGACGGUGAGCAACGCCGCCAUGCAGAAGCACAGAAGAACCUGCGCAAGUCCGAGCGCCGCAUCAAGGAGCUCGCCUUCCAGUCUGAAGAAGACCGCAAGAACCACGAACGCAUGCAAGACCUCGUUGACAAACUGCAACAGAAGAACAAGACCUACAAGCGCCAGAUUGAGGAAGCAGAGGAAAUUGCUGCUCUGAACUUGGCCAAGUUCCGCAAGGCACAACAGGAACUCGAGGAGUCUGAGGAGCGAGCAGAUCUGGCUGAACAAGCGUUCGCCAAGCUGAGGGCUCGUGGACGCGGUGGAUCCGCUGCUCGCGUCACUCCGCCCCCGUCGGACGGUCCGGACCCGGACCCGACUGAGUUCCUGUUUGUGUCCCUGGAGCAAAAGCGCAAGGAUCAAACCAAGCCCUACGAUGGCAAGAAGGCCUGUUGGGUUCCUGACGAGAAGGAAGGGUUCUUGCUGGGUGAACUCAAGUCCACCAAGGGCGACGCUUGCGUGGUUGGACUCGACCACGGCGAGGAGAGGACGUACAAGAAGGAACAACUGCAACAAGUGAAUCCGCCGAAGUACGAAAAAGCCGAGGACAUGUCUAACUUGACUUACUUGAACGAUGCGUCUGUUCUGUACAACUUGAAAGCUCGUUACCAACACAAGCUGAUCUACACUUACUCCGGACUUUUCUGUGUGGCCAUCAAUCCGUACAAACGUUAUCCGAUCUACACGAACCGUGUGGUUGCCAUUUACCGUGGCAAAAGGCGAAAUGAAGUCCCACCUCACAUUUUCGCCAUUUCUGAUGGGGCUUACGUCGACAUGGAAACCAAUCACGAGAAUCAAUCCAUGUUGAUUACCGGAGAAUCUGGUGCCGGAAAGACUGAGAACACGAAAAAGGUCAUUGCGUACUUCGCAAACGUCGGUGCUUCGACCAAGAAGAAGCCCGAAGGCAACAAGGCAAGUCAUGGUAAUUUGGAAGAUCAAGUCGUGCAAACCAAUCCGGUCCUUGAAGCUUUCGGAAACGCCAAGACUGUGCGUAACGACAACUCAUCGCGAUUUGGUAAAUUCAUCCGUAUCCACUUCGGGCCUUCCGGAAAAUUGGCUGGUGCUGACAUUGAAACUUACCUGCUUGAGAAAGCUCGUGUGAUUUCUCAGCAGUCCCUGGAGAGAUCCUACCACAUCUUCUACCAGAUGAUGUCUGGACAGUUGCCCAAUUUGAAGAAGCAACUCAGGCUGGUUGAUGAUAUCUAUUACUACCACUACAUCUCUCAAGGAAAGACGACUAUCCCGAAUGUCGACGAUGCUGAGGAAAUGGGCUUUACGGAUGAAGCUUUCAACGUGCUGGGCUUUUCUCAGGAAGAGAAGGACAACAUUUACCAGAUUGUUGGUGCUGUCAUGCACAUGGGAGAAAUGAAGUUCAAACAACGUGGUCGCGAAGAACAGGCUGAAGCCGAUGGCACAGAGGAUGGACAAAACGUCGCCGCUUUGUUGGGAAUUGACGGCGAUGAAUUGUACAAGAACAUCCUGAAGCCCAGAAUCAAGGUCGGCAACGAGUUCGUCACUCAGGGUCGUAACAAGGACCAGUGCUCCUAUUCGGUCGGUGCCAUGGCAAAGGCCAUGUUUGAUCGUCUGUUCAAAUUUUUGGUCGUCAAAUGUAACGUCACUUUGAACACCGGACAAAAGCGAGACCAUUUCAUCGGAGUAUUGGAUAUCGCCGGCUUUGAGAUCUUCGACUACAACGGAUUUGAGCAAAUCUGCAUCAACUUUACCAACGAGAAGCUUCAGCAAUUUUUCAACCAUCACAUGUUUGUUCUCGAGCAAGAAGAGUAUAAAAGAGAGGGCAUUGAUUGGGCCUUCAUUGACUUCGGGAUGGAUUUGCUAGCUUGCAUCGAGCUGAUUGAAAAGUUCAAUGGCUUCGAGCAAAUUUGUAUCAACUUCACAAACGAAAAACUGCAGCAAUUCUUCAACCAUCACAUGUUUGUUCUUGAGCAAGAAGAGUAUAAGAGGGAAGGCAUCGAAUGGUCCUUCAUUGACUUCGGCAUGGAUUUGCUAGCUUGCAUUGAGCUCAUUGAGAAGCCUCUUGGCAUCUUGUCCAUCCUGGAGGAAGAGAGUAUGUUCCCCAAGGCUACGGACAAGACCUUUGAGGAGAAGUUGAAGAACAACCACUUGGGCAAGUCUCCCAACUUCAUCAAGCCGAAGCCGCCGAAGCCGGGUCAGGCUGAAGCUCACUUCGCCAUCGUCCAUUACGCAGGAACCGUGCCUUACAACUUGUCUGGCUGGUUGGAAAAGAACAAGGAUCCCCUCAACGACACUGUUGUUGACCAGUUCAAAAAGGGCAGCAACAAAUUGAUUGUUGAAAUUUUUGCUGAUCAUCCGGGUCAAUCCGGAGGCGCCAGCACCGCCGAUGCUGGUGGACGUGGUAAGAAGGGUGGCAGCUUCGCAACUGUCACUUCAUCUUACAGAGAACAAUUGAACAAGUUGAUGGCCACCUUGCAGAGCACACAGCCGCAUUUCAUUCGUUGCAUCAUCCCCAACGAAUUCAAGCAGAGCGGUGUGGUCGACUCUCAUCUUGUAAUGCAUCAGCUCACUUGCAACGGUGUACUUGAAGGCAUUCGUAUUUGCCGCAAAGGAUUCCCCAACAGGAUGAUCUAUUCUGAUUUCAAGCAUCGGAGUAUUUUUUUUCAUUUUCAUGUCUCAAUCUUCAAAGUUGAUGUCAAGAAUCUAAUCUCGAUCAUGUAUUUUCACGCGGGGCAAAAAAAAAACAGAGCAGGAACCUUGGGUUACCUUGAGGAACUUCGAGAUGACAAGGUCAACAAAAUCAUCACCUGGCUUCAAGCCUUCAUUCGAGGCUACGUUUCUCGCAAAUCCUACAGGAAACUGCAGGAUCAGCGUAUUGCCUUGCAAGUUGUGCAGCGCAACUUGCGCAAAUACAUGCAACUGAGGACUUGGGCCUGGUGGAGGCUGUGGCAGAAGGUCAAGCCCAUGCUCAAUGUCACCCGCAUUGAAGACGAGAUGAAGGCUCUCGAAGACAAGGCGACGAAAGCGCAAGAAGCCUUUGAAAAAGAGGAGAAGCUCAGGAAGGAACUCGAAACAAAGCAUGCGAAACUUCUCGAGGAGAAGAACAACUUGCUGAUGCAGCUCGAAAUGGAAAAAGGUUCAGGAGCCGACUUCCAAGACAAGAUGAACAAAUUGGUGGCUCAAAAAGCCGACCUCGAAGCUCAACUCAGCGACACCCAAGAACGCCUUCAGAAUGAAGAAGACGCUCGAAAUGCGCUUUUCCAAGGCAAGAAGAAGGUCGAGCAAGAAAUCUCCGCUUUGAAGAAGGACAUCGAAGAUUUGGAACUCAACGUUCAGAAGGCUGAACAAGACAAGGCUACUAAGGAUCACCAGAUCCGCAACCUGAACGACGAAAUCGCUCAUCAGGAUGAACUCAUCAACAAGAUCAACAAAGAAAAGAAACACCUUCAAGAAGUUAACCAAAAAACUGCGGAAGACCUACAGGGCCAAGAAGACAAAGUAAACCACCUGAACAAGGUCAAAGCCAAGCUGGAACAGACGCUGGAUGAACUCGAAGACUCUCUGGAAAGGGAGAAGAAAUUGCGUGCUGAUAUCGAAAAGACCAAGAGGAAGGUCGAAGGUGAUCUCAAGUUGACCCAAGAAGCUGUUGCUGACCUGGAAAGGAACAAGAAAGAACUCGAACAGACCAUUCAACGCAAAGACAAAGAAAUCUCUUCCCUGACUGCUAAGCUUGAAGACGAACAAUCACUCGUCGCCAAGCUCCAGAAGCAGAUUAAGGAAUUGCAGGCAAGUGCAACGGCGGCCCAAAUUGAGCUGAACAAGAAGCGAGAGGCCGAGCUUGCAAAACUCAGGCGCGAUCUCGAAGAGAGCAACAUUCAACACGAGUCCACACUGGCGAACUUGCGCAAAAAGCACAAUGACGCCAUUGCUGAGAUGGGAGACCAGAUUGACCAACUCAACAAGAUGAAGGCCAAGGCUGAGAAGGAUCGCGAAUGUGCCAGCCAACAAUGCAACGAGAUGCGAGCAGCCACCGACCGCCUCACCUCAGAGAAGCAUAUUUCACAUCCCAACAAACAGGCUGCUCAAGAGAAGAUGAACAAGCAACUCGCCCAACAAAUCAAUGAUCUCCAGCUCCGAGUGGACGAGUCCAACCGCACCGUCAACGACUUGGAUUCCGCCAAAAAGAAGCUGACUGUUGAAAACAGCGACUUGCUUCGUCAACUCGAAGAUGCCGAGUCUCAAAUCGGCCAAUUGAGCAAACUCAAGAUCUCACUCGCUACUCAGUUGGAGGACACCAAGCGAAUGGCCGACGAAGAAGCCAGGGAACGAGCUACUCUUCUUGGCAAAUUCAGAAAUGUUGAGCACGACUUGGACACGAUGAGGGAACAAAUCGACGAAGAAGCCGAGGCAAAGGCUGACUUCCAACGCCAACUCAGCAAGGCAAAUGCUGAGGCUCAGAUAUGGCGAGCAAAAUAUGAAAAUGAAGGUGUUGCGCGAGCAGAAGAACUGGAAGAAGCAAAGAGGAAGCUGCAAGCCCGUUUGUCAGAGGCUGAAGAGACGAUUGAGCUGCUCAACUCCAAGUGCGUUGUCCUCGAGAAGCUCAAGCAGAAAUUGAGCACCGAAAUUGAGGACAUGCAGAUCCAGGUUGAACAAGCCCAGGCCUUGUCCAAUGCCAUGGAGAAGAAGCAAAGAAACUUUGACAAGAUCAUCGGCGAGUGGAAACUCAAAGUUGACGACCUGUCCGCUGAACUCGAUGCAUCUCAGAAAGAGUGCAGAAAUUAUUCCACGGAACUAUUCCGAAUCAAGGCCGUCUACGAAGAAAGCCAAGAGCACCUCGAAGCUGUGAAGCGAGAGAACAAGAACCUUGGAGAUGAAAUCAAGGACCUGAUGGAUCAAAUGACCGACAGUGGAAGGAAUGUGCAUGAAAUUGAGAAGGCCCGCAAGCGACUUGAGGUUGAGAAGGAAGAACUUCAAGCUGCUCUCGAAGAAGCCGAAGCAGCUCUGGAACAAGAAGAAAACAAGGUGCUCCGAGCUCAACUCGAAUUGUCUCAAGUCCGACAAGAAAUUGACCGUCGCAUUCAGGAGAAGGAAGAAGAGUUCGAAAACACCCGCAAGAAUCAUCAACGAGCUCUUGACUCGAUGCAAGCCAGCCUUGAAGCUGAAGCCAAGGGCAAGGCUGAAGCGCUUCGCAUGAAGAAGAAGCUUGAACAGGACAUCAACGAGCUCGAGAUUGCAGUUGACCACGCAAACAAGGCUAAUGCUGAGGCUCAGAAGAACAUCAAGAAAUACCAAGUGCAACUCAAGGAAAUGCAGGGAGCUCUCGAGGAAGAACAACGAGCACGUGAGGACAUCCGAGAACAAUUUGGCAUCGCUGACCGACGAGCAAAUGCUCUUCACGGAGAACUGGAAGAGUCUCGCACUCUCCUCGAGCAAGCCGACCGAGGCCGAAGACAAGCAGAAACCGAACUCGCUGACUGCCACGAACACCUCAAUGAACUCACUGCUCAGCACGGAUCCAUCUCAAUGGCCAAGAGGAAGCUGGAAGGCGAACUCCAAGCCCUGCACUCAGACUUGGACGAGAUGCUCAACGAGGCCAAGAACAGCGAAGAGAAGGCCAAGAAAGCCAUGGUUGAUGCUGCUCGUCUCGCUGACGAACUGCGCGCAGAACAGGAACACGCAUCACAGCAAGAGAAGAUGCGCAAAUUGCUCGAACAGUCAACCAAAGAACUGCAAGUGCGCCUUGAAGAAGCAGAAAUUGCUGCUCAAAAGGGCGGUCGCAAACAAAUCACCAAGCUCGAGGAACGCGUCCGCGGACUCGAAUCAGAACUCGACGGUGAGCAACGCCGCCAUGCAGAAGCACAGAAGAACCUGCGCAAGUCCGAGCGCCGCAUCAAGGAGCUCGCCUUCCAGGCUGAAGAAGACCGCAAGAACCACGAACGCAUGCAAGACCUCGUUGACAAACUGCAACAGAAGAACAAGACCUACAAGCGCCAGAUUGAGGAAGCAGAGGAAAUCGCUGCUCUCAACUUGGCCAAGUUCCGCAAGGCGCAACAGGAACUCGAGGAGUCUGAGGAGCGAGCAGAUCUGGCUGAACAAGCGUUCGCCAAACUGAGGGCUCGUGGACGCGGUGGAUCCGCCGCUCGUCACGUGGUGAAAUCCGAUGGACCCGAUCCGGAUCCAACUGAGUACCUCUUCGUGUCGGCCGAGCAGAAACGCAAGGACCAGACGAAACCCUACGAUGGCAAGACGGCUUGCUGGGUGCCAGAUGAGAAGGAGAAGUAUUUGCUCGGGGAAAUCAAGAGCACCAAGGGAGACAUGUGCACUGUCUCAACCGGCGCUGGCCAGGAGAAAACCUUCAAGAAAGACCAAUUGCAGCAAGUGAAUCCUCCGAAAUACGAAAAAGCUGAGGACAUGUCGGGAUUGACUUACUUGAACGAUGCGUCUGUUCUGUACAAUCUGAGAACUCGUUACGAACAUAAGCUGAUCUACACUUACUCCGGACUUUUCUGUGUGGCCAUCAAUCCGUACAAACGUUAUCCGAUCUACACGAACCGUGUGGUUGCCAUUUACCGUGGCAAAAGGCGAAAUGAAGUCCCACCUCACAUUUUCGCCAUUUCUGAUGGUGCUUACGUGGACAUGGAAACCAAAUCUGGAGCCGGAAAGACUGAGAACACGAAAAAGGUCAUUGCGUACUUCGCUAACGUCGGUGCUUCGACGAAGAAGGCGCCGGAAGCCAACAAGGCAAGUAAUGGUUCUAUUGAACGAUUUUAUGGUAAUUUGGAAGAUCAAGUCGUGCAAACCAAUCCGGUCCUUGAAGCUUUCGGAAACGCAAAGACUGUGCGUAAUGACAACUCGUCACGAUUUGGUAAAUUUAUCCGUAUCCACUUCGGGCCUUCCGGAAAACUGGCUGGAGCUGAUAUCGAAACCUAUCUGCUCGAAAAGGCUCGAGUGAUUUCCCAGCAGACCCUGGAAAGAUCUUAUCACAUCUUUUAUCAACUCAUGUCGGGAUAUUUGCCAGAAUUGAAAAAAAAUCUCAAGCUCGUCGACGACAUCUACUAUUAUCAUUACAUUUCGCAAGGAAAAACCACCAUUCCGAAUGUCGAUGACGCAGAAGAAAUGGGUUUUACCGACGUAAGAAUACUCAAAAGCGUUUCUCGCGACUCACGUAAUUUGACACAACUUGUCAAAUCGAGGCUGAUUUUUCGUUUAUAUUUUCAACAGGAAGCCUUCAACGUGCUGGGCUUUUCUCAGGAAGAAAAGGACAAUAUUUACCAGAUUGUUGGUGCUGUCAUGCACUUGGGAGAAAUGAAGUUCAAACAACGUGGUCGAGAAGAACAGGCUGAGGCUGAUGGCCUUGAUGACGGAAAGAAUGCUGCAGCUUUGCUCGGCAUCGAAGGGACCGAGUUGUACACAAACUUCUUGAAACCAAGAAUCAAAGUCGGUAAUGAAUUCGUCACUCAAGGACGAAACAAGGACCAGUGCUUCUACUCGGUUGGAGCCAUGGCAAAGGCAAUGUUCGAUCGCCUUUUCAAAUUUUUGGUAGUCAAGUGCAACUUGACCCUCAACACCGGCCAAAAGCGUGAAAACUUCAUUGGAGUAUUGGAUAUCGCCGGGUUCGAAAUUUUCGACUACAACGGAUUCGAGCAGAUUUGCAUCAACUUCACAAAUGAGAAACUGCAGCAAUUUUUCAACCAUCACAUGUUUGUUCUUGAGCAAGAAGAAUACAAGAAAGAAGGUAUUCAAUGGACCUUCAUUGACUUUGGGAUGGAUUUGGAAAUGUGCAUCAACCUGAUUGAGAAGGUAAAGAUUUCAUGGGAUACUAUUCUUCCGUUGAAAAUAUUUUAUAAACUUUUUUCUCUGAAUGUGAAGCCUCUCGGCAUCUUGUCCAUCCUGGAGGAAGAGAGUAUGUUCCCCAAGGCCACAGACAAGACCUUCGAGGAGAAGUUGAAGAACAACCACUUGGGCAAGUCUCCCAACUUCAUCAAGCCGAAGCCGCCGAAGCCGGGUCAGGCUGAAGCUCACUUCGCCAUCGUCCAUUACGCAGGAACCGUGCCUUACAACUUGUCUGGCUGGUUGGAAAAGAACAAGGAUCCCCUCAACGACACUGUUGUUGACCAGUUCAAGAAGGGCACCAACAAAUUGCUUUGUGAGAUUUUUGCUGAUCAUCCAGGUCAAUCCGGAGGCGCCGCCGCCGCCGCCGCCGAUGCUGGAGCAAUUGAAUAAGCUGAUGGCCACCUUGCAAAGCACUCAUCCGCAUUUCAUCCGUUGCAUUAUUCCCAACGAAUUCAAACAGAGCGGUGUUGUUGAUGCCCAUCUUGUCAUGCAUCAGCUGACUUGUAACGGCGUGCUUGAAGGCAUCCGUAUUUGCCGCAAGGGAUUCCCAAAUCGAAUGAGUUACCCAGACUUCAGACACAGAUACGUGAUUCUUGCCCCGAAGAUUAUGACCAAGACUGCAGAUGAAAAAGACGCAGCCGCCAAGUGUUUGGAGGAGAUUCAGCUGGACCCCGAACAGUAUCGAAUUGGUCACACCAAGGUUUUCUUCCGAGCUGGAACCUUGGGUCUUCUUGAAGAUCUCCGAGACGCGAAGGUCAACAGAAUCAUCACGUGGCUUCAAGCCUCCAUCAGAGGCUACGUUGGGCGCAUAGAAUUCAAGAAACAUCAACAAAGACGAGUUGCUCUGGAAGUCGUGCAGCGAAACUUGCGUAAAUACAUGAAAAUGAGGACUUGGACUUGGUGGAGACUGUGGCAGCAAGUUAAACCGAUGUUGAACGUGACUCGAGUUGAAGAUGAGCUCAAGGCUCUCGAAGAGAAAGUUGCAAAAGCGGUGGAAGCUCUUGAAAAGGAGCAGAAACUCAGAGCUGAUUUCGAAGCCAAGAGUACGAAACUCGCGGACGAAAAGAGUGAGCUGCUGAAACAACUGGAAGAGACAAAAGGUUCAGGAGCUGAGGUCCAAACUAGAAUGGCCAAAGUUGUUGCCAUGAAAGCUGAUUUGGAAAGCCAACUUUCGGAUACACAAGACAGACUUCGUUCCGAAGAAGAAGCAAGAAAUAAUCUGAUGCAAAGCAAAAAGAAAGUUGAAAAUGAAUGCUCUGCCUUGAAAAAGGAGAUCGCCGACAUGGAGCUCAGCAUACAAAAGGCUGACCAAGACAAAGCUACAAAAGAUCACCAGAUUAGGAGCCUCAGCGACGAAAUCGCUCAACAAGACGAACUAGUCAACAAAAUCAACAAGGAAAAGAAAUUGUUGCAGCAAGUUGGCCAAAAAACCGCCGAGGAUCUCCAGGCUCAAGAAGACAAAUUGAAUCACCUGAACAAGGUGAAAUCUAAGCUCGAACAAACGCUCGACGAGCUCGAAGACGCUCUGGAAAGGGAACGGAAACAACGCGGUGAUAUCGAAAAGAAUAAAAGGAAAGUCGAUGGCGAUCUCAAACUUUCUCUGGAAGCUGUUGCUGAUCUGGAAAGGAACAGGAAAGAAAUCGAGCAAACAAUCCAGAGGAAAGACACGGAAAUCUCGUCCCUCACUGUGAAAGUCGAAGAGGAACAGGCCGCAGUUUGCAAGCUAGUGAAGCAGAUCAAAGAGCUGCAGGCCAGGAUUGAAGAACUCGAAGAAGAAGUCGAUUCAGAACGUCAAGCCCGAGCAAAGGCUGAGAAGCAACGGUCCACACUCGCGAGAGAACUGGAAGAGUUCGCAGAUCGCCUCGAGGAAGCCGGAGGUGCAACAACUGCUCAGAUCGAACUCAACAAGAAGCGUGAGGCUGAGCUUGUCAAGUUGCGUCGAGACUUGGAAGAAAGCAACAUUCAGCACGAGUCGACUCUCGCCUGUCUGCGCAAAAAGCAUAAUGAUGCCAUCGCGGAAAUGGGCGACCAAAUCGAUAACCUCAACAAACUCAAAACUAAAGCUGAGAAGGACAGGGUAUCCGCAGCAAACGAGCUCAACGACGUUCGCUCUGCUUUGGACUCUGUCGCCUCAGAAAAGGCAUCUCAAGAGAAAGCCAACAAGCAGCUAUCGCAACAAAUCAACGAAUUGCAGCUUCGCGUGGAUGAGUCCAACAGGAUCAUCAACGAUUUGGACGGUGCCAAGAAGAAGCUUUCGUUCGAAACCUGUGACCUCUUGAGGCAAUUGGAAGAAGCAGAAUCUCAAGUCAGCCAACUGAACAAAAUCAAGAUUUCUUUGAGCACUCAACUCGACGACACGAAACGAAUGGCUGACGAAGAAGCUAGGGAACGAGUAACUUUGCUUGGCAAGUUCAGGAAUGUGGAACACGAUUUGGACACGAUGCGGGAACUCAUUGAGGAAGAAGCUGAAGGAAAAGCCGAGUUCCAGAGACAACUCAGCAAGGCAACUGUCGAGGCUCAAAUGUGGCGAGCCAAGUACGAAAGCGACGGCCUUGCUAGAGCUGAAGAACUCGAAGAAUCCAAACGCAAAUUGCAAGCCCGUCUCGGAGACGCAGAGGAGACCAUUGAACAGCUCAACGCCCGCUGCUUCUCCUUGGAAAAGCUCAAACAAAAACUGUCCACGGAAAUCGAAGACAUGCAAAUCCAAGUUGAACAAGCCCAAGUGUUGUCUAAUUCUAUGGAAAAGAAACAGAGGAAUUUCGACAAGAUCAUCGGCGAAUGGAAGGUUAAAGUGGAGGACCUAACCGCUGAGUUGGACGCGUCUCAAAAGGAAUGCAGGAACUACUCCACUGAACUUUUCCGCCUCAGGGCAUCUUAUGAAGAGAACCAGGAAGUCGUUGAGGCUGUGAAACGAGAAAACAAGAAUCUUGGAGAUGAAAUCAAGGACCUGAUGGAUCAGAUGACCGACAGUGGAAGGAAUGUGCAUGAAAUUGAGAAGGCCCGCAAGCGACUUGAGGUUGAGAAGGAAGAACUUCAAGCUGCUCUCGAAGAAGCAGAAGCAGCACUGGAACAAGAAGAAAACAAGGUGCUCCGAGCUCAACUCGAAUUGUCUCAAGUCCGACAGGAAAUCGACCGUCGCAUUCAGGAGAAGGAAGAAGAGUUCGAAAACACCCGCAAGAAUCA